AUGAUCUCGCGCAUACGCCCUAUAGUGGGCAGGGCUCCCGGAGUUCCGCGAGUGUACCUUAGUGUCGCUCAAUUCGGGUAUAGAACGUCUAAAAACGCCUUCCAUACCGAUGGCAGGACUCGGAUCUCCAAUUUUUGGAUUCCAACAGGGGGUAUCACGAAGAAGCCUGUCGAGGGUGAAAGAGAGGACACAAAUGACCUCCUAGUGAGGGGUGGCUUCCUGCGACAGGCGUACGCAGGCAUCUUCCACAUGCUGCCACUGGGGUUGCGUGUGCAGGAUAAGCUGGAGAGACUCAUAGAUAAGCACAUGCAGUCAGUCGGCGCAUCCAAGGUGUCACUGUCGUCUAUAUCAUCCCAAGAGCUCUGGGAGCAGUCGGGACGCCUCAAGGAGGGAUCGGAUGUCUUCCGUUUCCUUGACCGCAAAGAAGCACGCUUUCUCCUCGCGCCCACCCAUGAAGAGGAGAUUACUACUCUUGUCGGAAGUCUUACCAAGUCAUACCGAGAUCUGCCCGUCCGCGUAUACCAAAUCUCGAGAAAAUACAGAGAUGAGCAGAGACCCCGGCAGGGUCUUCUUCGCGGUCGGGAAUUCAUCAUGAAAGACAUGUACACGUUCGACUACAGUCCCGAGACCGCUCUCCAGACUUACGUAGCUGUCAAAGGCGCCUACACACGGCUCUUCGACGAGCUCAAAAUCCCCUAUCUGGUCGCUGCUGCGGAUUCAGGUAAUAUGGGCGGGAGCCUGAGUCACGAGUUCCACUUCCCCAGCGCGAAGGGUGAAGACACAGUCAUCAGCUGCACCAGUUGCGACAAUGUGUACAACGAGGAGCUCGCGGAUGGAAAGGCUUACGCUGGCGUGGACGAACAGCCUCAGGCUCAACAGAAACAUGGCUUCGACACCGGUGAAAACUCCGGUGAGGCUACCCCCGCCGUCUCCGUCGGCCUUUGGAUGUCCAUCUCGAAAGACAAGAACACGCUGCUGCGGUGCUGGUUUCCGCAGUAUACCCUCCAAGAGGCCCUUGUGGAAAGGGAGGUUAACUCGCACGCCGUCAAGUCUAUCGCCGACGCCGCUGGGAUGGACAUCGACAUCAGCGUUGAGAACCCGCUCCAGCAAUGGGCCACACACAUCAAGUCCCACAAGUCUUCUGCUCAGCGCCCGCGGAUCGUGGAUCUGUACGACUCGCGCGUGCGCGCAUACAAGCGCCCCCCACUUACCGACACAUUGGAGGAGGUCGGCUGCACGGCGGAAGACGUGGAUUUCUCGAAGCUGGAUCGCUUCCCAGGCACGAACAACCAUCUGAACUUGGUGAGGGUCCACGAGGGCGACCGAUGCGCCAAGUGCGGCGAGGGUCUGGCACAGACGCACAAGGCAGUCGAGCUCGGUCACACAUUCCACCUAGGCACCCGCUACAGCGAUGUCCUCAAGGCCACCGUGAUGGUCGAUCAAUCUGCCAUGCCCAAGAGCAACGACAACAACAAGUCCGGCCCCCAGACCGUACCCAUGGAGAUGGGGUGCCACGGAAUUGGCGUCUCGCGCAUGAUCACUGCGGUAGCGGACAGCCUGGCGGAUGGCAAGGGCCUGAACUGGCCUCGCGUCAUUGCACCAUACGAAGUCAUCGUCGUGCCGGGCAAGGGGCUCGAGGCGGAAGCGGAGAAGGUCUACGACGCACUGACCGUGGCGCCUGGCUCUGGUGCUGGAGCCUUGGACGUGAUUCUGGACGACCGCGACAAGCAAAUGGGCUGGAAGCUCGGCGAUGCGGACCUAAUCGGAUACCCGGUAAUCAUUGUGGUUGGUAAGGGAUGGAAGAAACAGCAAACCUUGGAGGUGCAAUGCCGUCGGCUGAGCGUGCGUGAGGAUGUGUCACUUGAGGCUCUUCCGGCGUUUGUGAAAUCUCUGCUGCAGCGAUUGUAA